UAAUUUGAGCUUCAUAGUCGACGAGUCUUCUGUUGAGUGCACACGAAUAAAGUUAAAGUUUGUUCCAUCGUAAAAAUUGACUACUUUCCUAAAACAUGGACAUCCAAUCAGUGAAUUCUGCUUUAUAUAAUAAAGUCGAAAACCAGUGUCAUUAUCUAAAAGAUUUAUUUAAUUUAGAGAAUGGCUCGUCUGCUGGCGUUCGGAAACAGGAUGCGUUAGAAGCAGUGAAACUCGACCCUGCCGUAUUAGAGGCACAAGUGACUGUACAUUCGGCAGCUAAAGAAGAUGUAAAGAGACCUGAGAGUCGGGGUAUCACUGAUGUCAAAACAGAGAGAGAUACUCCGUCGUCGCAGUUCAAAGGGUUUUCAGACAUGAUUCUGCAGCACGAGGCAGCUCUUCUGUCCCUGUCGCCGCAGCAUCUAGAAAUGUUGAUGGACUACGUUGAUGUACUACGCAGGCAAAGGAUGAAUAAUCACAGACAACUGGAGUGUGCAUUCUGCAAGAAUAACGGUAAGCCAGUACUUUGGUAUGCUUCGCAUGCGCUAAAGGACGCCCGUGGCCGGGUGCGUUGCCCAGUUUUACGCGGCUUCCGCUGCCCUCGCUGCGGCGCCACCGGCGACCGAGCUCACACCAUUAAAUACUGUCCAGACCUACUCAUAGGGUCAAGCUGUGAGAAUUUACUUCUGUAAAUUGUUUUUUAAUAAAAUGUUAAAAUUAUA